AUGGCAGACAUCCUCACACAACUCCAAACAUGCCUCGACCAGCUUGCGACCCAAUUCUACGCAACGCUCGGCUACCUUACCACAUAUCACGAUAACAGUCCCGCACUUCCACCUCCAGGCGUCCCGAAUGCAGUCCCAGCUCUAGCGAAGAUAGCCAAAAACGAAACAUCCCCUCCGAUCCCCGCCUCCCUCGCCGCGAAAGUCGCAUCAGAAGUUCCCGGUCGUGCAUCGCCGCCCCCACAACCACCACAACAACCUGGAGCUACAGGCGCCACAGGUCUAGGCGUUGGACUUGAAGGCGAAGAUCCAAACCAACCCCCGCAGCCGGAUUCCCCACGCACAUUCGCGAGUCGACAACGGGAGCUUGCGCGUGAUCUCAUAAUCAAAGAACAGCAGAUUGAGUACUUGAUUUCGGUGUUACCGGGUAUUGGAGCUUCGGAGGCGGAGCAGGAGGCGAGGAUUCGGGAGCUGGAGGUUCAGCUUAGAGAUGUGGAGAGCGAGAGGGAGGGGAAGGUUACGGAAUUAAGGAAAUUGAAGAAACGGUUGGAGAGUGUGCUUGGAGCUGUUUCGGUGGGGAUUUAUGGUGAAAGAGAUUAUCAGAAAUGA